AUGAGACCAGCUACUCAAUUUAUAAGAACGAAAAGUCACAAAUGUUUCUUCUCAUAUCCAUAUAACAUGACGACCUUUCAAACCGGUUACCUUGGCAUAGGACCUUCGAAAAUCUCUGGAGGUUUCCAUCUACGUUAUCCUGCUUCGAAUCCCAUUGACGUUGCAAGAAUUGAAGCUACCUUGGUUGGUCAAGAAUGUUUAUCCAACAUAGCUCAAGACGACUUGAAGAAUACAAAGAAUACAUUUUAUUCUCAAACUCAAUGUAUUUAUCAAUCUAUUACACCCUCAACCGGCUCUAGAGUUUCCUUAACCCCGAUAACCUCGCUUGAUUUAAGUUUUGAAUUCCACCUUGACGAUGAUAUCCCUCCUUCCUAUUCUUCCGUUUCGCAAGAUUCCGUACUUGACCACGAGAUGAUUAGAUACAAGGUGAAAAUCACUAUAUUUCGUAAACGUAAUUAUUUGAAAUUACAAGGGAAGAAUAAAAAAAUUUCGAUAGAAUGUCAAAUUGAACGGUAUAGCCUUCCUUCCGUAUUGAAAUCAACAAGUCAAGUCUCAUUGCAUCGGUCUGAAACAAAUAAGCAAAUUUCCAAUCCUUUGUUAGACGCAAUUAGGUAUAAAGCUACGUUGUCCUCCCAAUACAUUGAUAUGAACAGCAUUAUGGUCAUACCAUUGACCUUAAUCUUACCUAAUCCGCUUAUGAAGAUCAAAGAAAUUGACGUUGUCAUUAAAGAACGUCAAAGGUUCAAAAAUUCAGACAAGGAUACCAUUUACUUUAAGGCAUCGAACAAAAUAUUAGAAUAUAAAUUAUCGGGUGAUUGUAUUGAGCUCGUUGAUGAAAACAUUAAUGAGUACUUUGCUGAAAUGAAAAUGGAUGUUCCACGUUUUGAGAGUGUUUGUAGAUUUCAGGCGCAUGAAGGUGUUAGACCUUUGAAAUACUUCAAGGUUAAACAUAUUUUAAAGAUCAAAAUCAAAUUCGCCAAUGGGGAUCAAUUUGUAUUAGAAGAAUUCGUUUGGUUGCAAAGAUCAUUAAGUGAAAGGAAAAUUUUCAAAGGAAGAGAGAGGGGUUACAUCAAUUAA